CAAACAACGCAUCAGUACAGAAAAACAAGCGAUAAAUCAGCCAGUGCCUUCACGUCCAAGGCAAUGCCAUUUUGACUGAGAUGGACUACAACAUUUACGUUGAGGUCGGUCAGCAGUAACUGUUAUCCAGCCCGACUUAUAUUUUGAUACAACAAAGUAUUACCAUGGAUUUGCCUUUAUUGGAGUGUAAGAAAUGUUGGGGGAGAGAGGAGGAGAAUGGGACCGAUGGAUGGGUAGACACAGGGAGUGGAUAGAGAGGAUGGAACAGAUGGACUUAUGAGGAUUAAGUGAAAUGUGUUUGUGGCUCGCACUACAAAAUCACUCAAGAAAAAAGAAAGACAGGGACAAGAGGGAUGGAUGGAAAACAUUUGAAGAUAGUCUGCUGGAGCGGACGGAGGGGCGUGUAGAGGUUCUGGGUGCCUUAUAUGUACGAUCAUCCUUUUCAUUUGCAAAUGAUUCACAAGUUUUUGCUGGAUCAGUGUGUGAAGGGUGUUUGAGAGGAGCAGUUGAAGAGGAGGCGGCGAGAGGCUAGCCUGCUUCCUCAUCCGCAUUCGAUCCAUCUGUCUCGAUCAGCGGCAAGUAAAUCUCCCGAGUUCAUUUCACUCUCUGCUCUGUUGACCUCUGACCCUGCUUUUAUCCACACUGUACUCGUUCCCUCCCUUUAUUCUGCCCUUGCCCCAUGCCCUCUUCUCCGUCCUUCACCCUAUCCAGAUGUUCUAUUGCCGCCUAGCCCUUCUCUUCUCUGCCCAAUCAAUCCACUGUGUUUUGGUCCUUCCAAUCCUCCUCAUUCUGCCUUGGGUGCCCCAGCAGCCCCCCCCCCCUGUUGUCAUCACAGUCCUCACGGUACUCUCAUUACUCCUCAGUGAACCCUGUGCCCAGGCUCUUAAGGAGCCGCCGGGCCCCACUUUGCCAUCGUUGGUCUUAAGCUCCUCCCCCUAUCUCUUGCUUCUUCUCUUCCACCUUGUCUCUCCAUCUGUAUUUUUCCGAACAGUGGCCCUCGGCUCAGGAGCUUAAAACCGCCAUGUUGGAGAAAAUGUCACGAUGCCACCGCUCCCUGCUCUCGCUGACUCUGACCUCGCUGGCCCUGGCUAUGUCCAUCCUGGCCUUCUGCACUUCAUACUGGUGCGAGGGGUCCCACAAGGUGGCCAAGCCUCUCUGCCUCUCCCCGGUCAAGAUGAAGAACUGUGGGCAGAACAACAGCCAGCCUUACACCACAGAGAGUCCCACUCUGGACCCUAAGAACCCUGCUGAAAAUGUCACCUUGUCACCUAAAGAAAAGGAAGAACAGGAGCUUCUUCGGAAACAGGCCCUCGCCAACGCAGUGCAAUACAUUUGGGAGACAGGCGAGGACAAGUAUAUGAUGCGUUACUUUCACACAGGCUUCUGGGUUUCCUGUGAGGCAGAAGAAGAAGGAGAGAUGUGCCGGAGCUUUAUUGAACUGACACCAAAAGAGACACAAGGGGUGCUGUGGCUGUCAGUAGUAUCAGAAUGUGUGUACAUAGGUCUGUUGGCCAUGGGCUUUCUCCUGAUGUGGGUGGAGGUGCUGUGCCUCUGUGGUCACAAGGAGAUGUACGCUCUCAAGAUCAAUUCCUUUGCUGCCAUUUGUACUGUCCUUUCAGGUCUGAUGGGGAUGGUGGCCCAUAUGAUGUACACCACAGUUUUCCAGAUGACUGUGAGCAUUGGACCUAAAGAUUGGAGACCUCAGUCCUGGGACUAUGGCUGGUCAUUUGCUCUAGCCUGGAUCUCCUUCAGCUGCUGCAUGGCAGCUGCUGUCUUCACCCUAAACUCCUACACCAAGACCCUGAUUGAGAUCAAGCACCAUGCUCGCGUUCGCCUAGCAGAGGCCCGAACAGCCAUCCAGGCGCCCUCAUACGAAGAGGUGUUGCAGUCUGCCGGGGGUGUCUACUCAGUCAGUAACAUGGUCCCACACUGCCAGAAGGGGGCGUUAAUUGACACCAUGUGGGAGGGGAGGAGGCCGUCUGUGGGUCCAGAACCAGGGGUUCCAGACCCCCGAGGUCUAGGGAUGAUGGCGGGUGGCUGUGGGGUAGAAGGGUGCGAAGACUGCGAGAGGGAGAUGGAUGAGAUUGAGGAUGCCCUGGAUAAGGACGAGAAGGGUGAAAUGGAAAGUGAGGAAUGUGAAAUGUGCUGAGGUAAAGAAUGGGGAGGUGUUAAAAAGAUCUGACUCAGUCCUGGAUAUCAGUGUUAAAUGUUUAAUUUAAAAAUGUUCAUGUGUUCUAGAUUUCAAGGAGAAUUUCACUGUUAUAACAAUGUUGGAUGGCUUCUUCCAAGACAAACUGUAAUUCAUGACAUAAUUUAGCAAAAGUAAAGCAAUUGCUGCUACUGUAGCAAAAAAUUAUAACUAAUUGGGUCAUCUGAGUAUGUAAAAUACAUUUUACUUUCAUAUAUUUGUUUCUUGCAGAAGUUAAAUUUAGAUAUUUGUAAAGGCUGUUUAAAGUAAACAAAACAAUGGAUUCGUUUUUAUUGGCCCAUCAUCUAUAUAGCUAAUCCAUAUUGUGGUUUCAAGACAAUGCCCAAGAAAUACCUGACCCAGGCAUAAAAAUCGAAGAGGAAAGUUAGGAGCUUAGUCAGGGAACUUUGAAGACAUUGGAAUACUAUUCCAUUUCUCAAUGUGGUUCUCAAUGUGUAUGUAAAAUGUUCUCUUCACGGAUGGCACUGACUUUAGCUGUCAUCGAAUCAUUUUUAGAUUCAUAGCUGGUCUAGUUGGCUAGAUUGGGCAUGCAGGGCAGUCACUCAGGGGCUCUGACUAACAGGGCAUUCCAGUCAGUUCAUUGCAAAACUCUUGAAAUUGAAAGACAUUUGCUGUAAAACUGAACCUAAUAACAACCUCUCUGCAAAUGCAGUAAUGUUAAACACUUUAUACAAAUGGUACAUUACUUCACCUCCACAUGACAAAAUGUGUACCUGUUCAGAAAUCUUCAACUGAAUUUCUUGAUGAACCAUGGCAAUAUUACAAGCAUUGCAGAACACUUGUUAUUAUACUGGUUCAUAGAAUUUCAAAUAUAUAUUUUUAUAAUAUCUCCAACAUCAAGAGGAGGGCCUCUAAAAUGUUAUGCUGAGCACAUUGAGCUUGUUGAGUAUAAAAUUCUAUUUGUAUUCUAUUGCAGUGUUUCUCACCUUCAGUCCUCAGGAUUCAGAGAACUGAUGGUUUUCAUUCUAGCCCUAAUCAAGGACAGAUUUAGACCUGCCACAACAAGUAGAAUAGAAAACCAGUGGAGGAACCCUGUUAUAUUGAAAUUAUAUAGCAACCCUAUUAUUUCUAUCCUGAUAUUACUGGUGACUGUGGUUAGAUUGUGAAUAAAAUGUAUUGAAAAAGG